ACCGACCGUCGCCCAGGUUGUAUCGGAAGCAUCCUGGUGUUAGCAGUUAGCAGUUAGCUGUUAGUUAGCUAUCCGCUGACAACAAAACUACAAAGUGAGGUGUUCAUAUGUUUUUAUUAUAAUGGGCCGAUUAUUAACUCGGCUCUAGUGUGGAGACAAAGAAGACAAGGACCUACCCAAAGUGGCCUUUUUUCCACUAUGGUUUGAUGGCUGAUAUGUGAAGAGCUAACUAAACAUUAGCGUUAGCAUUAGCGUUAGCUAACGUCCAAACUUUGACGGGCAACAGCAGCAAGUCGUUAGCUAGCUGCUAGCUUGCUAAUUCUAGCAUUCCAGGUAACAUAGCUUGUUAUUGUAGCAAGUAGGCUGACUAUCUAGCGUCGUAAUAACGCGUUAUUUCCAUCAUUCGUCCAUGUAUAACGUUAUUACUAAGUAAUGUAAGUAAUGACUUCUGUUGAGCAGCUAAUGCUAACGUUAGCCACUUUAAACUUCACUGUAAUUAACAUGUAGCUACACGAGUGCUCAUCGCUCCUCUUAUAGUUACUAGUGAACAGCAGCUAGUAAACAAGCUGUAAUCUGAAUAGCACGUUUAUCUGUCUCUUAUAGUUAAUAGUGAAAUAAAGCAGCUAGUAAACAAGCUGUAAUCUGAAUAGCACGUCUGUGUUUAGCUGAUUGAUUUCGGCCAAUCACAUGUAGAUCAACAGCAGGAUGUCGAAGGCAUUGGGAUUAACGUUAGGACAGCAGUAUUGUCUGGAAAACACAGCUGUCUGGUCGUUUCGGUAAUCCUCGUGUUCUCCACAAUGCAGCUACAAUAGAUGUGUUGUAAUAGCUGAGCUUGUAGUGUGUGACAUCUUGUAAACAUUUGGCUACCUAGUUCGCAUUAAGAAGCAGUCUGUAUAGGCUAUUAGUCUAUUUCUUCUUUAAGUUAUGUCUGGGGACGCAUCUGAUAGUAGUGAUGACUCCGAUACCAAAACAAAUGAAAAGGCCUGCACCGUCAAGCAUCAGAUCACCAAUGCUAACCUCACGGGUCACACGGAGAGGGUCGGCAUGGAGAACUUUGAGCUGCUCAAAGUCUUGGGCACUGGAGCCUAUGGAAAAGUGUUUUUGGUCAGGAAGAACACCGGUCAUGAUGUGGGCCAGCUAUAUGCUAUGAAGGUGUUAAAGAAGGCAGCUAUCGUUCAAAAGGCAAAGACAACAGAACACACUCGCACUGAGAGGCAAGUGCUGGAGCACAUCCGCCAGUCUCCCUUCCUGGUAACGCUCCACUACGCCUUUCAGACGCAGAGCAAACUACAUCUCAUCCUGGACUAUGUGAGCGGCGGGGAGAUGUUCACUCAUUUGUACCAGCGGGAUCACUUUCCCGAGGAUGCGGUGCGGGUUUAUAUUGGAGAAAUCAUCCUGGCUCUGGAGCACCUGCACAAGCUUGCGAUUGUGUACCGAGACAUCAAAUUGGAAAACAUUCUUCUAGACAGCGAAGGCCAUGUGGUAUUGACAGACUUCGGGCUCAGCAAAGAGUUUCUGGAAGAAGAGAAGGAAAGGACCUACUCUUUCUGUGGCACCAUUGAGUACAUGGCACCUGAAAUCAUCAGGGGGAAAUCUGGGCAUGGCAAGUCGGUGGAUUGGUGGAGCCUUGGGAUCCUGAUGUUUGAGCUUCUGACGGGCGCAUCUCCUUUUACCUUGGAGGGGGAGAGGAACUCCCAGAGUGAAGUGUCAAAACGUAUUUUGCGCUGUGAUCCACCGUUCCCCUCUAUGAUCGGACCCACUGCUCAGGACCUGCUGAGGAAGUUGUUGGUGAAAGAUCCCCACAGGAGGCUGGGCUCUGGACCGCGAGGGUGUGAAGACAUCAAAGCGCAUAGUUUCUUCAAGGGACUGAACUGGGCUGACCUUGCAGAGAAGAAGGUGGCAAGUCCAUUCAAGCCAGAGCUGAAGAGUGAACUGGAUGUGGGGAACUUUGCUGAGGAAUUCACUGGGAUGGAUCCCGUCUACUCUCCGGCGGCCACGCCGCCAAGCACUGACCGCCUGUUCCAGGGUUACUCCUUUGUUGCUCCCUCCAUCCUGUUCAACAAGAACGCAGUCAUGGGAGACUUUGUGCAAUCCCAGAUCGGUGCUGACCGCCCAGCUUCAGCCUCUGUCCAACGCAGUGCAAUGUUAGAGGAAUCCCAGUUUUUUCAGCACUAUGAGCUUUGUCUUCAUGGGCCACCACUCGGAGAGGGUAGCUUCUCUGUGUGCAGGAAAUGCAGACACAAGCAAAGUGGCCUCGAGUACGCCGUCAAGAUCGUCAGCCGCAGAAUGGAGGCAAACACCCAGAGGGAGGUCGCUGCUUUGAGGCAAUGUGAGACUCACCCAAACAUCGUCAAGCUGCAUGAAGUCUACACUGAUCAGUACCACACAUAUUUAGUGAUGGAGCUUCUGCGAGGUGGGGAGUUGCUGGAGAGGAUCAAGAGGAAGAAACUGUUUGGAGAGGCGGAGGCCAGUCAGCUGUUGCAGAGCCUGGUGUCAGCUGUCAGCUUCAUGCACGAGGCUGGAGUCGUGCACAGAGACCUCAAACCAGAGAACGUGCUGUUUGCAGGCGAGGGGGAGGACUCUGUGCUGAAAGUAAUAGAUUUUGGAUUCGCCCGCCUGUGCCCUGCAGGCAGCGCCCCCCUGCAGACACCUUGCUUCACGCUGCAGUACGCCGCGCCUGAACUUUUUGAGAGCGCAGGAUACGACAAAGCCUGUGACCUCUGGAGUCUCGGGGUCAUUCUGUACACCAUGCUGUCAGGCCAGGUGCCGUUUCAGAGUGAGCAGCGGGGGAUGACCUCAUCCUUUGCUGCUGACAUCAUGCAAAAGAUUAAAGAGGGCGAUUUCUCAUUGGAGGGGGAGGCCUGGAAGGGCGUAUCGGAGGAUGCCAAAGAGCUUGUUAAAGGCCUACUGACAGUGGACCCAGAAAUGCGUCUCAAACUCUCUGAUCUGAAAGAGAACAGCUGGCUGCAGGGCGGAGCAUCCAUGUCCACCACUCCUUUGUGCACUCCAGAUGUGCUAGAGUCUAGUGGGCCUACUGUCCGCACCUAUGUCAACGCCACCUACAAGGCUUUCAACCGUGGUAAGAGGGAGGGCUUCUUUCUGAAAAGUGUCGACAACGCUCCCCUCGCAAAACGCAGAAAGCUGAAGAUGACGAGCACAGGUGUAGAGACCCGAUGGAGUUCAUCCUCUUCGUCCUCCUCUUCUUCCACCUCCUCCUCUGCCUCUGCCUCUGCAACAGCAUCCAAAGCACAGCCAAAGCAAACUCUCCCCCCAAAGCAAACUGUCCCCCCAAAGCAAACUGUGACCCCAAAGCAGAGCUAGCCUAAAUGGCAGGGGAGAGAACAGAAGGAAGAGGUAUGUGCUUAUUAGGGCAACACAUUGUCCUCCAGUGUCCAUAGGGUCACCCAGUUCCAUAAAAACCAUACUGACAAAUGGUUAGUGUUAAGUUUUCAAUACAAAAUUGAAUUCCACGUUUUAAAAGCAAAGCGACUUUGUUCACCAUGCCAUAUUCUCCCCAAACCAAACUGUAUUUUCCUGGAAUGGAUGGAAGAGAAGAUGGUAGAAGUCUAGUUUGGCAUCUUUAAGAUGCGCAGAAAUCUGUGGCCUUGAGCAAAAAUAUCAUUAUUCAGUAUUCACUUACCAUAAUAUGGUAGUAUCACACACUAAAAGUUAAAAAAUGAGAUAUUUACCUAUUUUCACUGUGGGUAAGAAACCGUGCCUGGCUAUAUAGGUACAAAGGGAAAAAGGAGCCAUAAAUGAGCAGAAGCCAUAUAUACAGCAACACAGUGAAUCCGUUGUGAAUACACACAAAUUUGCACACAGCAAAAGAAAAGUCCUUCCAAGAGUUUGCAGGCUUCACCCUUUGAUUGUACGUAUGUAGUUAUUUUGAACUUUGCCACACGUGUAAUGAUUGGCAGAAAUCAACAAAAGUUUGGCUACAGGUGCAGUGCCACAUGUUGGCACUCUGCUCUGUAAAAAGAUAAAAGUUUUGCUGUUGCACUAUUUGCAGAGAAUGUAAAUGAUCAAAUGGUCAAAAAAAAGGCAAAUAGCUGGAAGGAUGGAGCGCAGAGGGAAAUGAUGUGUAUAUACAUGUAUACAUAUAUGUAUGUACAAAAUCUUCUCUAUCGGAUGCAGUUUUAGCUGCCGAUCCUAACGGCCGGGACACAAUGGGAACGUCAGCAGCGCCUGGCGGCUGCGGAACCGGUUGUUUUUUCAUUUUGACGCCCAUAUUAAUAGUUUAGAGCAGCCACACUGCCUGCGAGAGAUUCGAGGUCUCGUCUAUUUUUACCGCGAGCUGCGCGCGGUUCACAUCAACAACAGACAAUGAAAAUGUUCUUUUGACAGUAUAUUGACAUCAUACCAGCAACAUUACUACAGUUUCAAUGUCUGUAUCUGUAAAAUAUGUCAUACAUGAAAAAAGUAAAGAUUUAUUUUUAAAUCAACACUUCC